GUGGAAUUUACUGCUAACACCCAAUUGAAAUGCGAUUACGCAAAUUCCCGCACAUUAAUAAGAAAACGCCGUUUACUCCACGAAGUCAAGUAGUCAACUCUCAGAGCUUCACAUCGCAUUUGCUUUAAUGCAAUAUUACUAUAACUGAUUAAUUUCUUAUUUCUUUCUUUUUUUUUUUCUUUUUUUUCUCGAAAAAGAAGAUUUUCACGUAUGGUAGUAUGCUUUACUACUACACUACUCCCUUCCACUCUGCUCACAAUCGUUUUCCCAUUUUCCCAUUCAAAUCUCCCUCAUUCGCAUUUUCUCUUCUUUUUCUGCGUCGAGAACAAUUCGACGAUGGGAGAAAUCGGGUGGAAGAUGAUCAGCUCUUUGUGGGUGGUAGUGCUGCUCGUGAUCAGAGCGUCGCCGGCCAUCGGAUUUUAUCUUCCCGGAGUCGCGCCGCAAGAUUUUCAAAAGGGUGAAACUCUUGAGGUGAAAGUGAACAAACUCUCCUCAACAAGGACACAGCUCCCAUAUGACUACUACUCCUUAAGUUAUUGCAAACCUCUCCAGAUAAAGAACAGAGCAGAAAAUUUGGGAGAAGUUCUUCAUGGCGACCGCAUUGAGAAUUCUGUGUAUAGUUUUAUGAUGAGAACGCCACAAUCAUGUAAACUAGCCUGCCGAGUGGAACUCAAUGAGGAAACAGCAAAGAAAUUCAAGAAGAGGAUUGAUGAAGAUUAUCGUGUCAAUAUGAUCUUGGACAAUCUUCCUGUUGCAGUUCUUUGGCAAGUUAGGAGUGGAAAUUACCGGAAAAUUUAUGAGCGGGGUGUAAGAGUUGGUUUCAAAGGCAAAUUUGCUGGUAGCAAUGAGCAGAGGUAUUUUAUCUACAACCAUCUCAGCUUCAAAGUUAAAUAUCAUCCUGAUCCUGAUGCUCAGACUUCUCGUGUUGUUGGUUUUGAGGUCACUCCUCUAAGUAUCAGUCACCAUUACAAGAAAUGGAAGGGGAACGACACGAAGCUAUCAACAUGCAAACCAAACAAUCAAGCUUUACUUGAAUCAAGUGUGCUUCCUCAAGAAAUUGAUGGAGACAAGGAGAUUGUAUUCACUUAUGAUGUUUCUUUUGAGGCUAGUGAUAUCAGAUGGGCAUCGAGAUGGGACACAUACCUCCUCGUGAAUGAUGAUCAGAUUCAUUGGUUCUCCAUCAUCAAUUCCUUGAUGAUCGUCCUUUUCCUCUCUGGCAUGGUUGCCAUGAUCAUGAUUCGGACCCUCUACAGAGAUAUCGCCAAGUAUAACCAGCUGGAUCAAGAAGAGGUCCAGGAGGAAACAGGAUGGAAGCUGGUCCAUGGAGACGUGUUCAGACCACCUAGCAACCAAGCCUUGUUGUGUGUCUAUGUUGGGACAGGAGUGCAAGUCUUUGGGAUGACUUUCGUGACUAUGAUAUUUGCGUUGCUUGGUUUCCUCUCACCUUCCAACCGAGGAGGACUGAUGACAGUCAUGGUUUUCUUGUGGGUGUUCAUGGGAUUAUUCGCGGGCUAUUCCUCUGCCUACUUGCACAAAACAUUCAAAGGCACGGACUGGAAGAGGUUGUCACUGAGAACAGCUGUGAUGUUCCCUGGUUUCGUAUUCAUCAUAUUCUUGGUGCUGAAUGGCCUAAUCUGGGGUGAGAGAUCCUCCGGUGCUGUCCCAUUUGGGACGAUGUUUGCCCUUGUCGUGUUGUGGUUUGGCAUAUCGGUGCCGCUGGUGUUCUUGGGCAGCUUCCUGGGGUUCAGGACCCCUGCACUCGAGGACCCUGUGAAGACGAACAAAAUCCCUAGGCCGAUCCCCCCACAGCCGUGGUACAUCCACCCGCUCUUUGCCAUGCUCUUUGGUGGGAUCCUUCCCUAUGGUGCAGUCUUUGUUGAGCUCUUCUUCAUACUGACAUCUGUGUGGCUCAACCAGUUCUACUACAUCUUUGGCUUCCUCUUCCUAGUGUUCUUGAUUCUGAUGGUGACUUGUGCUCAAAUCACUCUUGUGCUCUGCUACUUUCAGCUGUGCAAUGAGGACUACAGGUGGUGGUGGAGAUCCUACUUCACUUCUGGAUCUUCUGCAAUCUAUCUCUUUCUCUAUGCCAUCUUCUACUUCUGCACCAAGCUCCAGAUCACUAAGAUGGUCUCUGCCAUUCUCUACUUCGGCUACAUGUUCAUCAUUGCUUGCGCGUUUUUCAUCCUCACCGGGACCAUUGGCUUCUGCGCGUGCUUCUUGUUUGUUCGCAAGAUUUACUCGUCUGUCAAGAUCGACUAACGUAGAGUUGGUAGAGUGACGAGCCCAUGUAAGUUACUUCAGUGCUCACUUUGUGUUCUUGCAUAAACUAAUUUACUUGAGAUGUGCGUAUGUGUGUGUUUGUUGACAUGAUGAAAUCAGUCUGCUUUGUUUCUGUACCGUGGGUUCAAAUGUAACCUUCUUUACAGUUGCUGUUGUAGCAUCAACUCCAGUGAAAGAAAUAUUGCAGAAUCGCAUGAAAA